UCUGCUUUCCUACCCAAAGCCAAGAGAUGGAGCCCCCUGAAGUGACCAUCAUUGAAGGUGUGGGGGAUGAAGUGACCGUGGUGGCUGGAGUGAUAGUCCUCGUCACAGCCCUGGUUCUCUCUUGGCUUUCCACAUAUGUUGCAGACGGGGGCAGCCCUCUUCUGGGAACUGUUGUGGCUGCCGGAGACUCAUCGGUGAUCCACCUGAGCCCCAUCGAACAUUAUGUGGGGAAUUCAGUGGUAUCAGAACAUUCCGAGCCCCCGGGUACCACGGAAGGGGCCGAAGAGAAGGCGGAAGAGGGCCCUGCCCCUGACUCAGGCCCUGCCCUCGAGCAGGGGGAUAGCAGCGGUGGCUCAGAUUCUACCCUAGACCGCCUCUUGGACAUUCAAGGCCUUCCCCAAAGGACCUUUGUUAGCGUGGCUGCCUCCCCAGAGCAUCAGGGGCCUCCCCAAACAGCACCUGUCCCAGAGGAAAAUGAAUCCAACGCAGGGUUUAUCAAAGUGCGCCUCAAAUUCCUCAACGAUACAGAGGAGGUGGCCAUGGUGAGGCCAGAGGACACUGUUGGCAUCCUCAAGAGCAAAUACUUUCCAGGCCAGGAAAGCCAGAUGAAGUUUAUCUACCAGGGCCAGCUUCUCCAGGACCAGGCUCGGACUCUCCGCUCCCUCAACAUCCUGGACAACUGCGUUAUCCACUGCCACCUCUCCCGGGCCACCGUCUCGGCCAUGCCAGACGCCGUGGUGGCCCCCUCAGAGGCCGGAGGCAUUGCUCUGAAUAUGGGCAACCUGAUGAUUCCCGUCUUCGUGGUGAUGCUGGCUGUCAUCUGGUAUUUCCGCCUCAACUACCGCCAGCUGUUCACAGCCCCAGCCACCAUCUCCUUAGUAGGGGUAACUGUAUUUUUCAGUUUCCUCGUUUUUGGAAUGUACGGACGGUGAGCAGCGACCCGCUG